GAGAGGUGCUUUAGUCUUCACUUAUCUCCUAAGAGUGCUCGUUAGUAUUUUUUGCUCAGAGCAGAGGUCUUCCACAGUCAUGUUGAGAGCCAGGGAACCGGGAUCUUUGGCCGUACUGGCCUCCACCCUUCUUCUGGGAUUCAGCGUUGCGUUUUCCCUCGGACAGAAUGACACAGAACCGGUAGUUUUGGAAGGAAAAUGUUUAGUUGUGUGUGACUCGAACCCGUCCGCCGAAGGAGGAGUGACCUCGUCGUUUGGGAUAUCUGUCCGAGCUGCUGGUGCUAAAGUGGCUUUUUCUGCAGUCAGAGGAACUAACCAUGAACCAUCAGAAAUGAGUAACAAGUCCAUGACAAUCUACUUUGAUCAGGUACUAGUGAACAUUGGAAAUCAUUUCGACCUUAAGGCGAGUGUAUUUCAAGCUCCUCGGCGAGGCAUUUACAGCUUCAGCUUUCACGUUGUGAAGGUCUACAACCGACAGACAAUUCAGGUCAAUCUGAUGCAUAAUGAAUACCCAAUAAUAUCUGCAUUUGCCGGUGAUCAAGAUGUGACCCGAGAGGCAGCAAGCAACGGCGUUCUGCUUCACCUGGAGCGUGAAGACAGACUCUAUCUCAAACUGGAGAGAGGGAACCUCAUGGGCGGGUGGAAGUACUCCACGUUCUCUGGCUUUCUUGUUUUCCCUCUCUAAUUGAAUAUAGCCAAUUUUAAAUGGCCCAGACUGAAGACCAAGGGACAUUUCUAUAUCUGCUUUCAAAAAUAAAAGUAGCAGAGAGAACAUGGAAUACGUUAGUUUAUUUUAUUUAUUGUUAGGAUCUGAAGAAAUUAUGUAUGUAUGUGCGUAUGUGUAUGUAUGCAUUUAAGUAUUUGUGAGAUUCAAAAGAAAGUAGGACAGUGACAAUAUUUGGACUAAUUGAUGCCUGCAUAUUGCUUUGGGAAAGAGUGGUUUGUUAUUGUCAAUUAUAUUUUUGCAUUCAGGAGCAUAUUUUGCACGAAAUGUGUUUUGUUAUGUGCUUGUCAUUUUAUUGAUUUGUAUAGCCCUUAUAAAUUUGAUGUUCAGUAUGAGCGUAGUAAGUACAAAAAACAGUCAUUUCUCUUUAAUCGUUGUUGUUUGGCUUAAUGCAUUGGCAAGCAAUGAUAUCUUGCAUUUUUAUAUUACUUGAAUGUAAAUAUACUUAUGUCAUAAACACAAGGAAUGUAUUUAAGAACUCUUUUAGGACUCGCUUGCAAGAAGGGUAUAUAAAGUCUUAAAGGCAUGGGGAAAGGAACAUUUCAUCAUUUACUCACCCUUGUGUUGUUC